AUGACGAACAUCUUUUGUUUUUCGAUCCUUGCCAACUUCCUGCUCGCAAUGCUAUGCACGAAUAUGAUCAUCUCUGUGUCUGCAGGCUGGAUGCAAGCUCACGCAACCUUCUAUGGCGGAAGUGAUGCUUCUGGUACAAUGGGUGGAGCAUGUGGAUAUGGCGAUCUCUACACCGAUGGUUACAAAACAAACACGGCGGCGUUAAGCACUGCACUGUUCAACGACGGCAAAUCAUGCGGAGGUUGUUACCAAAUGGUGUGCGAUGCGACCAAAGUGCCACAAUGGUGUCUUAAAGGGAAAUGGAUAACAAUCACAGCUACUAACUUCUGUCCUCCCAAUUACGCUUUACCAAACGAUGAUGGAGGUUGGUGCAAUCCUCCAAGGCCUCACUUCGAUAUGGCUCAGCCUGCUUUUGAGACCAUCGCCAUUUACAGAGCCGGAAUUGUCCCUGUUCUCUAUAGAAAGGUUGGAUGUAGAAGAAGCGGAGGUAUGAGAUUCACCAUGAACGGUAGAGAUUACUUCGAGCUUGUUCUCAUCUCAAACGUCGGAGGUGCAGGUGAUCUGUCCCAAGUGUGGAUCAAAGGCUCCAAGAGUAACAAGUGGGAAACAAUGUCAAGAAACUGGGGAGCUAAUUGGCAAAGCCUUACUUACCUUAACGGACAAAGUCUCUCUUUCAAAAUCCAAGCCAGUAACGGUAAGAUAAAGACAGCAAUCGACGUUGUUCCUUCAUACUGGCAGUUUGGUCAGAGCUUCAAGACCAACAUUAACUUCUGA